AUGCAGUUUAAAACUCUUUGUGUACCCAUGGUGUGUAUGGGGGGGAGGACAAGGCUCGGCGAAUUCCAUGAAGGAAUGUCUUGGGUCCACUUGCACCGUACGAUCUGGGCGGCCGCGUGGACUGGCCAGGGGGGUGAAAGAGCUGCUGAAUCGACUUCUAUAUACGGAUUGACAGAUGGAUUCUGGGCUGGCCAGAAUCCGAUUGGGGUUCCCGCUGCUUACAGCUUUCCUGGGCAUCGCCGAGAACUCGUAGACUACCAGCGUGACCCCACCAUUAUGUCAUCCACGAUGCUCUCUCUCUCAUUGCACCGCCUCCCCAAUCAAUUCAAAGUCUUGGGCGUCCUCGGAACCAGCACUGAGGUUCUGAGCCAGAGAGACCCUUUAUUGUGUGUUUCGCGGUCCCACCUCCGUCUCUACUUACACCACGCGUCUAAAUCAUUCCCGUCUCCGCCUUUGCUUUCGGCCCCAAUCCCCGUCUCCGCCUUUGCUUUCGGCCCCAAUCCCCGUCUCCGCCUUCAUCUGCUGCUGCUUCUUGGACACUUCCAAACCCCACCUAACCACUACGUAUUGAGGCAUUAUCCCCCGUCCACCUACAUCAACCAUCCAGCUUCCUUCGCUCCAUUCAGCCAUCAGAUCGUGCACCCCUUCUUGGAAAGUCAUCAGUCAUCCAGCAGCUCUCCAUUCGGGGAAAAGUAA